ACUACCAUGGCAUCCGCAGAGCAAGAGAAUAUAUGGAGCGAGACGCCAACGAUCUAUUCAUCGUACAUAUCGAGAACACUGGGCUGUAAGGCGUAUCUAAAGCUGGAGUAUCUACAGCCCAGCCACUCGUUCAAGUAUCGGGGGAUAUCCCACUUCGUGAAGUGGGCAAAGCAGAAGCAUGGGCCCAACACGCACGCCAUCAUCGCAUCGGGUGGCAACGCAGGCCUUGCGGCGGCGUGCGCCGCGAACAUCCUGGGCGUGAAGUGCACGGUGUACCUCCCAGAGGGAGCUGCACAGAACACGGUCGACCUGCUUGAGGCCCAGAACGCGAAAGUGGUCAUCGCGGGUAGAUUUUAUGCGGAAGCCUUCAAAGCCGCGCAGGAAGCAGCGGCAAGCGAAGAGCAUGCUAUCGCCGUGCCCGCGUACGACCACGAUAUACUGUGGGAGGGCCAUGCCAGCAUAGUCGGCGAGCUUGCCGCGCAACUGAAGACAAAGCCGGAUGCGAUCUUCUGCAGCGUCGGCGGAGGUAGCAUGCUCGGCGGAAUACUUGUGGGCUGCAAGAAGAAUGGCUGGGAUGACGUAUGCGUUCGCACGAUGGAGACCAACGGCUCGGACUGCUUCCAUUACUCUGUGGCAUUGAACAGGACAUCAGCGACGGACGAGCCAUUGCAUUUACCUGAUAAUGUGACAGUGGUGCAGGAUGAGGGGACUGGCCUUAAACUCGCCCACUUCCACAGCUUCUCUUCGCGGGCAUCUGGGUCUUUGGGGGCUUCGCAGCCGGCAGCGCAAGUCGUCAAGAUGGCGCUCGAACAUGCCGGAGGGGUAAGGACCAGUUCGGUGCCCGACGCACUUGCAGUCCAGGCAUGCGUUAGAUUUGCUGAUGAGCACAAAGUAUUGGUCGAACUGGCGUGCGGCGCGACCCUCACCGCGGCAUACAAGCCUGAGUUAUUCAACGAGCUCGUACCUCCGAGGCCUGGGCAGAAUGCAGCUGAUCGGACGGUCGUAUUUAUCGUCUGCGGUGGAUUCAAGGUUUCCCUGGCAGAGAUGGAGGAGUACCGCAAAGAAGUUGCAGCGGACUUGGCAGAGGGAGGUUCGUGGGAUGUUCUGAACGAUCAGGGAAGGGUCAUUAGGGUUGAGAAGUGAUGCAUAUUGUACACAGUACACCGAUAGAAUGCCCGGAAGAGCAGCUGGGAGGUAUGAGCGAUCGCAUACAUAGGAGUAUGAGGGAACGCACUAAGUAGAUAUCCGAUCAUGCAUCCUGUGUUUGGUCUUUGC